CUCAAACCCCCAAAAUAUCUGUUGCAGAGACCCACAGAGCAACAGGGCAAACGACUCUUCUCGCUCAAAAUCCCAAAAAUCGCACACACCCAUGCGUAUGUGUGUGUGAAGAAAACGCACUCGAGAGGAAGGGAAAGAGGGCGGCAGGGUGAGCUAAUGGACCCUGUGGUUUUGGACAGGAUAAUUGACAAACUAAUUGAGGUCCGAUCCUCGAAGCCGGGCAAAUUAGUGCAGCUCUCGGAGUCUGAGAUUAAGCAGCUUUGUACCGCAUCGCGUGAAAUCUUCAUUAAUCAGCCCAAUCUUCUCGAACUCGAAGCACCUAUCAAGAUUUGUGGUGACAUCCAUGGGCAAUAUAGCGAUCUUUUAAGGCUUUUCGAGUACGGGGGGUUCCCUCCAAAAUCCAAUUACCUAUUUUUGGGUGACUAUGUAGAUCGUGGGAAACAGAGUUUAGAGACGAUAUGCUUAUUGCUUGCAUACAAAAUCAAGUACCCCGAGAAUUUUUUCCUUCUUAGAGGAAACCAUGAAUGUGCUUCUAUAAAUAGGAUAUAUGGAUUUUACGAUGAAUGCAAGCGCCGCUUCAAUGUGAAAUUGUGGAAAGCCUUCACUGACUGCUUUAAUUGGCUUCCUGUUGCUGCACUAGUCGAUGACAAGAUACUAUGCAUGCAUGGGGGCCUUUCUCCAGAACUGAAUAACCUGGAUCAGAUUAGGAGUUUGCCCCGCCCGACUGCUAUACCGGACACUGGUUUGCUCUGUGAUUUGUUAUGGUCAGACCCUGGUAAAGAUGUUAAAGGAUGGGGAAUGAAUGAUAGGGGAGUUUCAUUUACAUUUGGCGCUGAUACAGUCUCAGAGUUCCUGGCAAAACAUGAUUUGGACCUUGUCUGUCGUGCUCAUCAGGUUGUGGAGGAUGGUUAUGAGUUUUUUGCAGAUAGGCAACUUGUAACCGUUUUCUCAGCUCCAAACUACUGUGGUGAAUUUGAUAAUGCUGGUGCAAUGAUGAGCGUUGAUGAAAACUUAAUGUGCUCUUUUCAAAUUCUGAAGCCAGCCGAGAGGAAAAACAAGUUCAUGAUGUCCACUAAAAUGUGAUGCUUCAUCACAUCCUAAUUUUCAAGGUACUAGUCUUCAGUUAGUAGAAGUCGCAGCUGCACCCGGCUUGAUCUCCCCCAAGAGCGUUGAAUAAGAACCGUGCUUAAGCUUUUUUUGUUUUUUUUCCUAUCUCAAACUAUAGUACACUUGAGAAGGAGUUUUUAUUAGCGCAUCUUCAGGGGUGGAUUAGCGGUAGAUAAAGUUUGUUUCAAACUCAUGUUAGCAAACCAUGGGCGCCAUAAUGGGCCAAUUUAUUUGGAAAAUCUUGGCAUAUUUGUCUAGAUUUGAGCUUUGCUUGCAGUGCCUCCAUGAAUUGAUUGAACUAUGUUUUUACUAGUUUAAUGGUAGAGAUGAUUAUGUGUACUA